AUGAAUUAUUUUAAAAUAAAAAAUGCACUUUUUAUUCUCGCCGAUGAUGGAGGUUUUGAAAUUGGAGCUUAUUUAAAUAAAAUUUGUCAGACACCAAAUCUUGACUUAUUAGCAAAGAAAAGUUUGAUUUUCAACAAUGCAUACACGUCUGUUAGUAGCUGUUCUCCUAGUCGUUCAGCAAUUUUAACUGGUCUCCCCAGUCAUCAAAAUGGAAUGUAUGGUUUACAUCAAGGCAUUCAUCAUUUUAAUUCUUUUGACAAUUUAAAAAGUUUACCAAGUAUUUUAAAAACAAAUGGAAUUAGAACUGGGAUUAUUGGUAAAAAACAUGUUGGGCCGGAUACACUUUAUUCAUUUGAUUAUUCACAAACUGAAGAAAAUAAUUCUAUUCUUCAAGUUGGACGCAAUAUAACACACAUUAAGCUACUAGUCCGUGAAUUUUUAUCGCAAGAAAAAGAGAAACCCUUCUUUUUAUAUGUGGCUUUUCAUGAUCCACAUCGUUGUGGUCAUACACAUCCUCAGUAUGGACCAUUUUGCGAAAAAUUUGGAAAUGGUGAACCAGGAAUGGGACAUAUUCCUGAUUGGAUACCCGUCAUUUAUCAACCUGAUGAAAUUAAUCUACCAUACUUUAUUCCCGAUACUUUAGAAGCUAGAAUUGAUGUAGCUGCUCAAUAUACUACAAUUUCUCGAUUAGAUCAAGGUAUUGGAUUAGUAUUGAAAGAAUUAAAAGCAGCUGGACAUGAAGAUGAUACAUUGAUUGUAUAUACGUCCGAUAAUGGUAUACCUUUUCCAAGUGGCCGUACAAAUUUAUAUGAUCCAGGUUUGGCUGAGCCGCUUCUUAUUUCAUCACCAGAACACACAGAACGAAGACAUCAAGUAACAUAUUCUUUAACCAGUUUAUUGGACAUUAUGCCAACGUUUUUAGAUUGGUUUAACAUUAAGUAUCCAAAAAAUGAAUUAACAGGAAAAAGUUUACUCCCAUUGUUAAUUAAAGAACCACCAAGUAAUGCCAGCGACGUUGUAUUUGCUAGUCAGACCCAUCAUGAAGUUACUAUGUAUUAUCCAAUGCGGGCGGUACGCACCAAAAGAUAUAAAUUAAUACACAAUAUAAACUAUAAAAUGCCAUUCCCAAUUGAUCAAGAUUUUUAUUUAUCACCAACAUUUCAGGAUAUUUUAAAUCGAACACGUUCACAUCAAGAUAUAUAUUGGUACAAGACAUUAAAUUCAUAUUAUUAUCGAGAUGAAUGGGAGUUGUACGAUUUAAAAUAUGAUCCGGAAGAACUAAAUAAUGUUGUUGGUAAGCAACAAUAUCAAGAAAUAUUGAAAGAUUUAAAAAUGAAAUUAUUAAAUUGGCAAAAAUUAACAAAGGAUCCUUGGAUAUGUGCACCACAUGGUGUUUUAGAACCAAGCAAUAAUGGUGAUAGUUGUUUCAGUUUAGAUAAUUUAACAGAAAAAAUUAAAAAACAUUAA